AUGCGGCCAAGAGGCGGUGCAAAGUUCAACCGACUGUCACCGUCCCGCUCCCGAUUCGACUGCACGCACAUCUGUAACCGGUUCACAGAAAUUGACCGGCCCUCCGUUCCUGGACCUUCCGGUCCUGUGAUGACAAGCUGCCAACAACUUGCUCGCCUUUCGAACUCCGCGCAUGAGCGGGAAUUUGCCUCGGUCAUUGGGCUGGAUCGAACGUCUGCCAAAAUCAGCCGGAUUGUUGUCAUUGCAAGGAGCAGGAUCGCGCAGCCUCGGAUCCUGCACAUCGGCGUUGCGUCUCCGGAUGUACCAAAGUCCGCGGACAAUCCGAGGAGACUGAGACGAGAUCACGUUGAUCGGUCAGAGAUCUCACAGAUCGUUGAAACUGGCACUUGA